AGUAUUUCUGGCUCAGGAGCUAAUGUCGCGUGUUAAUGAACACUGCAAGAAGCAGUCCGAACCACGAUGAUGAAUAUAGUCUCUUGGCUUUGAUUGUAUGUAUAUUAAAUACCUACGACUAACCGUAUACUUGAGAAGGAAACUUCGCGUAUAUUCUAGGUGCUUACGAGCUGCCUCUACAUAUUAAACAUGGAAAGAAACGAAAUUGAGGAAGCCGUGGAUAAGUCAUCGUGUUAUAUUACUAGCUCUUCUGGAUAUCAGCUCUAUUCUAAAUAUUGGUUUCCUGUAGGCCACCCAAGAGCUUUAGUUUUCAUAGCUCAUGGCUUUGCAGAACAUUGCAUGUGUUUCGACGAUUUAGCGAAGACACUAGCCUGUCACGAACUGUUGGUGUUUUCUCACGACCAUGUUGGUCAUGGGCGAAGUGAAGGUCCCCGUACUUUAAUAGGAAGUAUCGAUGACUGUGUUCAGGAUGUGUUACACCAUGUAGACCUGGUGAAAGUAAUGUAUCCAGGAUGUCCAGUUUUUCUCUUAGGGAACUCAAUG